UCCGCCUGCUCCUCCUUUUCCAUUCGAAACGUCAUGUGUUGAGCAAUGUGUGAGGACAAAUGCUGCGUUCACGCCAUAUCGUAAUUUCGAGAUGACAACAUGUGACGGUCUAAUCGGAGCUGUUCAAGUCCUCAGACUGGGAAUUAUGCUUUUUUAUGGCAACACUAUCUGUACGAAAGCCUGUCCCAGGAACUAAAAUUGUUGUCCAUACGGACUGAUUUAGUGUGACACAGAAAGACCGUUCGGUGAAGGCUCAUCUCUGCACGUCUCUGUCUAUGUUAGGUAUAAUGCGUUUUAAGCUUUAAUACCAUUAAUACAGAUAUCACUGUCAGAGAAUAAUUGGUGCAGAUGACAACCCAAAGACUGUUAAAUAAAUGCAUCUUUGUGAAGAAUCUCUUCUCCAAUCCCUGAUUCUCUUACCGGAAUCCUGUCCAUAUUUGGCCGCCUCAACCAGUGUAAUAUAGAGUUGUAGCGUGACUCUGCUACAAAAGGUGGUCCUUCGAGCCGGAUUGAGAGCAGUAUUGAACCAAUAUGGACAAAGCACAAGGUGACGCAUCUGAGACAUCGUCCAGACCUCGACGCAAGACGAAUCUGCCUACCCAUCUGGAUGAUUACGAUGUUGGCUACCAACCUGCAGGUGACCCUCCUCCAAAAGCUUCCUCUCACUGUCCUAGUCAGCCCCGAAGCAGCUUGAGGAAAACGUCUCACAGCGGUGUCAGCUCUCACUCCAGGACGAGUAGGCGUUCCAUUACUUCCGCGGGUGUCUAUGUCCCACCAGAGCUCUCUAGCGUCCAGACUGCUAUAUUGGAGGAGAAGAUUAAGCAGAGACAGUAUGACAGUCUACGGCAACAAGUAGAAGAGGACACACUGAUCGAUCUGGAACACCAACGACUGCAAGCACAAGCAAAGGAAGCCCAGCGCAUGCAAGAGGAGGCGCUUGCCGCAAAGGUGGCCCUGUCAAAGCACCUAGAACGACAGCGUAAGCUUCAUCAAGCAGAGACUGAACUCGAAGUAGCAAAGCUUGUAUCUUCCAUGCUCUCUAUAGACUCUAGUUCAACCACUCCAGUUCCUACAGACUCUGGUUCUCCGAACACGCAACAGCUUCCAGCGCAGCGCAGCCAGGCUUGUUCACCUCAGCUCAUGUCUUCCAUGCCUCAGCAGCCCCCUUUCCAGUCGCCAGCUGUGACAUCAUCGCUGCUGCCCUGUCCUACCGAACAGCCAGUUCCUGAUGGCUCUGCGGUGUCCCAGCCAUCACCUAGACCACCACAGUGGGCCCCACCUGCUACUUACUCUGCCAGUGCGCCCUUGCCUGCCACACUCAUCCCGGGACCACAAGCAUUCUCAUCGCCAAUCCCUGACACCGCACCAUCUGCUCAUACCGCCAUUCCAGUAUAUUCAGUGUCAUCACAGUUGAAAGCAGCACCUCAGUCCUCAGCAGCGUUCACUAUGCCAACCUCUGCUGCAUACCCCAUGAGCAUCAGUAUGCAGCGCGUGACACAGCAGCCUACUGCAGCCACACUACCUACCCUUCGUUACGGGGUACAACAGAUGGCAACAACACCAGUGACAACAGUUCCAGGUCCGUCACAGCUCCCUGCCUCCAGCCACCAAGCGACCGCGACGACACCUCAUGUCCCUGAUUACGUUCAAGCAGCUUCGUCUCAGCUUCACUCAGCUGUCUACCCACCGCAUCCGAGUCCAGAGCUCCUGUUUGCUUCAGCCUAUGGCAUUCCACGACCUUCAUUACCAGUUUUCGAGGGCGGUGCUGAGAGUGACUUUGCUCUAUUUAAGUUAGCAUUGGACAAUUUGUUGAGCAGUCACAAUCAUAUCAGUGAACAGUAUAAAUACCAUGUUCAUAACUAUCCAGUGGCUGCACUUCAACGAGCUUACCGUCAUCUGAGAGAUCUUCCUCUUGCCCCUGUUGACCGAGUCAAACCACUACUCCUGAUUGGUUCUGACAUGCCGCACCUCUUAAUGCCGAUACAGCCUGUAUGCCGAGGCCCUGAAGGCGGACCGAUAGCCAUCAGAACACAACUAGGAUGGUCUCUUCAAGGUCCAAUGAGCCCCAAGCAGCCUUCACUGUGUUAUCAGCAGUGCCUUCACAUUACCACUGCUCAGCCCCAUGAUGAUUCGGCACGUUGAACGACUCUGGUUGGUCGACACCCUCCCAUACAACGAGAGAAUGGUCACCAGGUCCAAGCAAGACAAAGACGCUCUCGCCAUGCUCCAGAACGCCACCACAAGAGUGGACGUAGAUGGUGUCCAACGUUAUGCCACACCCUUGCUCCGACGCAUGCCCAUGACCAUACUCCAUGCUGGAAAAGAGGCUGUUCUUCCCAGUCUGCGAAGUACUGAGCGCAGACUGGCACGAGACCCCGAACGAGCCAAAGCCUACUGCACUGAAAUCCAUAAGCUGGAGUCUGCUGGAUAUGUAGCCAAGAUUACCACAGAGGAAGCACACAAUACUUCAGAGUCCUGGUUCAUUCCGCACCACAUGGUGCAUCACAAUGGUAAGGACAGGAUUGUCUUUAACUGUUCCUUUCAACAUCAGGGGCAGUCCUUAAACAGCCAGUUACUCGCUGGUCCGAUGCUGGGUCCAUCAUUGUUAGGUGUGCUUCUGAGGUUCCGACAGCACACCGUGGCCGUGAGUGGGGACAUAAAGGGUAUGUUCCACCAGGUACGCUUGCUGCCCACAGACAAGCCCGUGCUGAGGUUCCUUUGGCGGAACAUGUGCAGAGACAAGGAGCCCGAAAUCUAUGAAUGGCAGGUGCUUCCGUUCGGAACAACAUGCAGUCCGUGUUGCGCCAUCUACGCCCUCCAACGCCACGCUCAAGAACAUCACAAUGACCAGGUGGUGGUUUUUUACUCUGCUGUCUGUGUUUCUAAUGGCAGAUGAAGUGUCUUUGCAGGAGACUGUUGUAGGUUUUAUUGGAGGCUCUGCUGUUUUACCUUGUUCUUCUAAAGAACCUCCACUUACAAAUCAAGGCAUUGAUGUGCGCUGGAGAAACAAGUACAAACUGAAUGUGUAUGACAUUAUGGAGGGUAAAGGCUCUGUGGAAGAACAGAAUCCACAGUAUAAUAACAGAGCUGAAACCUUCCCUGAGGAGUAUAAGACUGGAAACUUUUCCCUCAAACUCAACAACCUUCAACACACUGAUGCAGGAAAAUACCUGUGCUACAUCAUAUCAGAAGAGUCAGAAGACUGGAUUGUUGAACUUCUGAUUAAAGAGCAUCCAGAAAGACAACUACCCGACGAAGGAACAAAACCAAGACCAGAGAUGCUUGUAAUGAUCAUUUCCAUUCUGUGUAUUGGCAUUUUAUUUUCUUAGGCUUUUUUACUUCUCACUUUUACAGAACUAUGCCAGAGGGUCUUUAUGAUUUUUUUUUUUGUUUGUUUUUUUUU